AUGUCAGAUCCACAGCCGCCGGCGUGGUCGUCGCGCGCCGAUCACCUCCUCCGGCCUGUCCAGCGGCCGGUCGGGUACCUGAAGCGCGCCGGCAUCGCAGCGUGGUAUCCCAUCCUCGGCAUCUGGUACUUCCUGCGGAAUAAGGACUUCUACCCGCUGUUCCUAAGCCGCCUGCUGCCCCUCUCCAUCAUCUCCUUUCUCGUCUAUUUUAUCCUAUUUACCUUUGCUUUCCUGCCACAGUUCGCCCUCCUGGCCAUCUUCCACGGAUGGGGAGCUUGGGUCAACGCGGUGGUGCUGGUCCUCGGAGAGGGGCUCGUGGUGAUCCAGGGUCUUUUUGAAGGCUUCUUCGUCGACGAGUGUCGAGUGGACGUGUUCGAUGCCACUCUCGUCAAGGAAUCGCACGCAGAUCUCGUCGCACCCCACCGGAUCCUCUUCCACGAUGCCCCCACCGCAGUCCAGAUGCUCGGCAAGCCGACGACCCCUGCCGUCUUCACGCCCUGGUCCAUGAUCCAGAUCAUCGAGCUCGUCGUCUUCCUGCCGCUCAACUUCGUUCCGGUGGUUGGCACCCCGGCCUUCAUCAUCAUCACGGGCACGCGGUUGGGCAAGCUGGCACAUUACCGAUGGUUCCACCUGCGGGGAUUGAGCAAGAAGGAAGCCAAGAAGGAGAUCGAGUCGAGGACUUGGGAGUACGUCUGGUUUGGCACGGUCGCCAUGAUCCUCGAGCUGAUCCCCGUGCUGUCCUUCUUCUUCCUGCUCACCACGUCGGCGGGGGCCGGCCUUUGGGCGGCGAGGGUCGAGGACGAAAAGAGGCGAGAGGCCACAGAGAGCUUGGUGGGAGAUUCUCUCUCGCCGCCGCCGCCGCCGCCCUACGAAGAUGAUCCCGUCUAA